AUGUACAGAAUAGACGUUUCAGAUUUUUAUGACUUCCAAGCGUUCAGAAAUAUGUGUCCAUUUAGAGACUAUAACAAAGCAGUCGAGAAUUUGAAACGUUUAGUCAUUUAUGUCGACUCUGCCCCAGAAUGUUAUGUCAUGAAAGAAUGGGAUGUUGUCUUUAACAAACCAAGAGCGACAAUAGUUUCAGAACAAGAAUGUAGACAGAAACUUAAGAAAAUAAAAGUCGUACAAGUUGGUAUGAAGAUGUUAGAUGCUUGGGAUAUCUUAUUGUCAAAGUUAGAAGAUUUUUCAGUUCGUGGUAUAA